AUGCAUCGUCUUUUUACUGAGCUGGAGCCAUCUAUUACCGUCACCGAGCAAAACCUGGCACACCGAGUUCGGUAUAUCUUACGCUCAAAUAUAUUUGAUGGCGCCGAACUCGAACGGCUACGACGUGAGGCUGUUCCCUCAUCAAAUGAAAAUGCUACGACUGAGGAUGCGGUGCCACAAGUUGCAGAACAACCCGCACACAUGAAUGCUGCCGUGAAUAAUCCAGUGGUUGCUGAUUCAAAUGAUGAUGGAACUAGAAAUAGAGCAAAUGAGGAGUACAUUGGAAGAGGCGAUUGUGGAAACGAGCAGUACGGCUCUCGAAAAUCGACCGCGACUUACCCGCAUAGCCCUAAGCAAGUGGAAUCGGGCUGUCGUGAGGGCUUUGAACCCAAUGCUUGUGACCUAUUUGGAAGCCAGCCUGGACCUUUGCGAGACGGACUCAAUUCUUUUUCGCGUCACGCUGGCAAUCUUUCGUACUAUAGGCGCCAAAGUUUUCACGGCUGGACGCGCUACUGGCCAAAGUAG